AUGUCGUUAGCACGUACCAUCAACCACAUCAGAAAUGGCGGCUUUGCCAAGUACUGGCGUGACAUGCAAUAUAUCGGCGAUGCCAAGUGGGGUCGUAUGGUAGGCCUUGACAGCAAUGGCAACGCAUACUGGGAAAAUUAUGAGGAGCAGCCCGGUCGUCAGCGCUGGGUUGACUUUAAGCAGCCCGACUACGACAGCACCCAGAUCGAACCGAUCUGGCACGCUUGGCUCUCGCACACUCGUGCCGAGCCACCCAGCACGGAUCCGAUGGUGUCCAAGUUUGAAAAGCCCUGGCAGAUCCCCGCCUAUGAAAACUUUACAGGUACCCGUGGAGCAUAUCGUCCAUACAACACGACGAAGCCCAAGCUGUACGCAUGGGAACCCAAGAUCGCUGCUCGGCACGGAUAA